AGUCAUUCUGUAAACCACCCUCCAUUUCAUUCUGGAGCCGGGAGGUUACACCCAGGCAUCACAAUAGCUCUUCCCUCACAGAGAAUUAGCUGAUUUCCUCAUUCUCCACAUAGCAAGAUCAUGGAAGAUCUAGAUGAAAUGUUAUUUGAAGAAUUUGAGAACUAUUCCUACGCCAUGGAAUAUUACCUUCCGGAGUCAGAGAUGGAGGAGAAAGUCCACCUGGGAAUUGUUCACUGGAUCUCCAUGGGGUUAUACUGUUUAGCAUUUAUUCUGGGUGUUCCAGGAAAUGCCAUUGUAAUUUGGUUCACAGGGUUCAAGUGGAAGAAGACCGUCACCACUCUCUGGUUCCUCAAUCUGGCCAUUGCAGAUUUCAUCUUUGUUCUCUUCCUGCCUCUCUAUAUCUCCUACGUGGCCAUGAAUUUCCACUGGCCCUUUGGCAUCUGGUUGUGCAAAGCCAAUUCCUUCAUUGCUCAACUGAACAUGUUUGCCAGUGUUUUCUUCUUGACAGUGAUCAGCCUGGACCGCUAUGUCCACUUGGUCCACCCUGUCUUGUCUCACAGACACCGAACCCUGAAGAACUCCCUGAUUGUUAUCAUACUAGUCUGGUUUUCAGCUUCUCUGAUUGGUGGUCCUGCCUUAUACUUCCGGGACACUGUGGAGCUUGCUAACCACACUCUUUGCUAUAAUAAUUUUCAUGAGAAUGAUUUUGACCUCAGACUAAUGAGACACCACGCUCUGACUUGGGUGAAAUUUAUCAUUGGGUACCUCUUCCCUUUGAUAACAAUGAGCAUUUGCUACUCAUGUCUCAUCUUCCAAGUGAAAAAGCGAAGUAUCAUGAUCUCCAGUAAGCAUUUCUGGACUGUACUGGCUGUGGUCAUAGCCUUUUUGAUUUGUUGGACUCCUUAUCACCUGUUUAGCAUUUGGGAACUUACAAUUCACCACAAUAGCUACUUCUCCCAGAUGCUGCAGGCUGGGAUCCCCCUCUCCACUGCUUUGGCAUUCCUCAAUAGCUGCUUAAAUCCUAUCCUCUAUGUCCUAAUUAGCAAGAAGUUCCAAGCUUGUUUCCGUGCCUCAGUUGCAGAGAUACUAAAGUAUACGCUGUGGGAAGUCAGCUGCUCUGGCACAGUGAGUGAACAGCUCAGGAACUCUGAAACCAAGAACCUGUGUCUCAUGGAAACAGCCCAGUGAGUUAGUGUUUAUCCACAAAUCAGCAAGAGGCUUUUGUGUGGGUCCCACAGCAGAUGCAUUCAGAUUAAAUUU